ACGAAGCUCUUUUGUUUCCCUAUUUAUUAGUUCUACAACUCAUCUUUCGACCUAAAAGAAGCUGUUUGGAAGAGCGUAAAGCCCAAAGCUUUGGGCGAUGGAGAUAUCCUUGAGGUCAUGCCCCACCAUUCGCGCGCCUUCACCUUUGAUCUCAUGCCACGGUUUGCAGGUUCUUCGGUUCCAGAUCGGUGGGAAAUCCCCCGCUUGCUUUCUUAAUCGAUCCAUUUUUCGCCGAAAUUCAUCUCGGGCCAGAUCAAGUUCUGCUGCUGAGUUGCAUGGAUCCAAGAGCACUCUUGAAUCUUUAUUCUGUUAUGAUAAAGCCAUUCCAGAGGAGAUAAUUGAUAAACCAGUUGGUUUGUCCCUGAGCAAAAAAGAAAUAGGAAGCAAUCCCCCCUGCAUAGACUGUCAAGAAAAAGGUGCAAUUCUGUGUGCCACUUGCUCAGGUUCUGGAUUAUAUGUUGAUUCAAUUCUGGAGAGCCAAGGAGUCAUUGUGAAAGUUAGGUGCCUAGGCUGUGGGGGAACUGGAAAUAUCAUGUGUACAAGAUGUGGAGGGCGAGGUCAUCAUGGUUUAAACUAAGCUGAUGGUCCUGCUAGUGAAUUAUGUGAUUCAGAAACUAUUAUGCGAAUGCUAAGUGAUCUUGUCUAGAUUGGAUGGGUUUUUACAGUUCAAAUUGUGUUGCUGCACUUUUGUUAGGGUGUGGCUUCACCUUGUUUUGUAUCAUGAUUAUGAUUGUAUGACACUGGAUCAUCAAUUGUGUAAUUUGAAGCAACUUUCACACACAACAUUGUAAGCAUAUGUGGUAUAUGAAAUUUAAGUCAAGCUAGUUGUAUGAUUACUCAGCAACUGAGUUUGAGAUAUGUUCAAUCA